UUUAAAAUAUAUAUAUUUUAAUGCAAAUGAAUUUAUUUCGGAAGAGGGGGCCUUACUCUUACAUGUUUAUAUGAUGUUUUGGUUUCUCCACCCCCUCUCUCCAUUGGAAUGGUUGUUCCUUCACACUGCCUACUGUGCCAUGUUGGAUGGAUGUAACGUUAUCGAUGUUGCAGCUGGAGUUACGAAUGAAAGUUUAGAUUUUGCCCUCUGCAGAGUUUGGGGUUCCCACGGAUUCUUCGAGGACCCUGGGGCAUGGUGACGUUAUUCAACAACCGGGAUCCAAAAAUAUUUCAUUUUGCAGGCCUCUAGCUACCUUAGAAACAACGUAAUAAGACGAUGCAGUUGCAGGCCAUGGCGACCAAAGGCUGCAUGAAUUGUUUGUAAUAUUCAAGAGUAAAACAGUUAACUUUGUUUAUCUGGAAAUUAUUUGGGAACAUGAAUAGCCAUCCUCCGCAACGCCGGGUUGGAAAUAUUGGCUCCAUACUCCUCACCCCGCAAGAGAACGAAUGCCUCUUCAACUACCUGGGAAGGAAAUGCAUUACCCUGUGCACAGCAGUGGUCCAGGUGUAUGGGGCAGACAGGAGCUCGUCCUGGGUGAAGAGGUGCUGCGGAGUGGCCUGUCUGAUCAAGGAUAACCCUCUGAGGUCCUACUUCAUCAGGGUCUUUGACAUCAAGGAAGGGAAAACCAUGUUUGAACAGGAGCUCUACAAUAACUUCUCAAUCAACAGCUCGAGGUCCUAUUUCAUUUCGUUUUCAGGAGAUAACUGCCAGGUAGGCCUGAACUUCGCUAGCGAGGAAGAGGCCAAGCGAUUUAGAGCCGCACUGAAAGACCUACUCAGCAGACGGCAACGUAAAACGGAGAAAAGACGUGACCCUGCAAAUGGCCCAGCUCUCCCUAUGGCCACUGUGGACAUCAAGAACCCGGAGAUCAACAAUGUGCGCUUCCACAACUCCCACCAUCAUCAACACCACCAGCAGCAGCAUCAGCCACACCACGUCAACAACAUGCUGCACAGCAGCUUCAGCAAGAAGGAGAAGAAAGUCAAGGGCAAGAGAAAGAAGCUCACCAAGGCUGACAUAGGCACCCCCAGCAACUUCCAGCACAUCGGCCAUGUGGGCUGGGACCCAAACACAGGCUUCGAUUUGAAUAACCUGGACCCAGAGCUAAAGAACCUGUUUGACAUGUGUGGCAUCUCAGAGGCCCAGCUGAAGGACAAGGAGACCUCCAAGGUCAUCUAUGACUUCAUCGAAAAGAAAGGAGGGGUGGAGGCAGUCAAGAACGAGCUCCGUAGGCAAGCCCCACCACCUCCUCCCUCUCGGGGUGGCCCACCUCCUCCUCCCCCACCCCACAGCUCGGGCCCAGCUCCUCCCCCACCACCACCACCCCCAUCGCGAGGUGGCCGGGGUGCCCCGCCACCACCUCCACCCUCUCGGGCCCCCACCUCUGCCCCUCCCCCCCCUCCCCCCUCCAGGCCUGGUGCCCUAGGAGCCCCCCCUCCUCCCCCGCCCCCCAACAGAGGGGGCCACGGCCACCAUCACUACCAGCCACCGCCUCCACCCUCACAUGCCCCCCAGGCCCCACCGCCACCUCCCCCACCAGCAGCACCACUCUCCGGUGGUGGGGGAGCCCCUCCUCCACCUCCUCCUCCACCACCCCCACCUGGACCCCCACCCCCUCCAGAGCUGGACGGUUGUGUGGAGUCGCCCCACUCACCCCCGGGCCCGGGGGGUAAGUCGGCCCUGCUAGAGCAGAUCCGUGGUGGCACCCAGCUGAAGAAGGUGGAGCCACCGGACUCCAAGCCACCGGCCACCGCCGUAGGGCGCGACGCCCUGCUCGACCAGAUACGGCAGGGCAUCCAGCUAAAAACCGUACCAGACGGCCCUGAAUCGGGCUCCCCUACACAGGCCCCCUCGGCAGGCAUCGUGGGGGCACUUAUGGAAGUCAUGCAGAAGAGGAGCAAAGCCAUCCACUCCUCAGAUGAAGAUGAGGAUGAUGAUGACGAAGAGGAUUUUGAAGAUGACGACGAAUGGGAUGACUAGUAAAGUUUCUCGUCCUCCUCCCCAACACAACUGACACUAAACUGAUCCUAAAAUCUUCCAAAAACGGACUAAAAUUGAGAAUGUGAUUCUAUGAUUUUGCUCUAUUUAUUGUUGCCUUUUUUGCUUUUAUUAACCUGUGCAAUACCUUGUUCAUUUAAUCUGUAAAGUGUUGUCACAUACCCUCUGUAGAGUAUCUCUGGUAACACUUUCCUGCGACUCUGUCAUAGAAUGCUCACAUCACCGUUAAAAGCAUGAUAUACAAAUAUUAUAAGCUGUCAUAACUGUUCAUGGUAAUACGCUGACUUGCUCAGGCUGACCACCACUGCAUGUGACGCUGCGAGAUUGCUUGUCGUACGCUAAUACAAGGUGUUAUAAAUCACCAAUGACACCUGGCGUCUGUUUAGGAGGGGGCAAUGUCACGGAACGUCCAGAGAAACGUAUUGUGUAGAAUAGAUAUGAUUCUCGGUCCUCAAGAAUAGUUCUUAUUCACUUACAGUAUCAGCUAACAUUAUAUUUCCAUCUGCAACGUUCUGAACACUUAGCCCUAUGGAAUAACACACUGCUGCUAUGUCAUGGUUAUGACAGCCUAAAGACAGCAGGUUCAAGUAGUACGGUAUCUGAUGGAUUAACAGUGUGCAAUUCUAGUAAGGAUAUAUUUGUUUGGUGUGUUACUUUAAAUGUUCUGUUCCCCUGUCCGUAAAGAAAGGGAGAAAGAUAUAUAUAUAUAUACAGUGCCUUGCGAAAGUAUUCGGCCCCCUUGAACUUUGCGACCUUUUGCCACAUUUCAGGCUUCAAACAUAAAGAUAUAAAACUGUAUUUCUUUGUGAAGAAUCAACAACAAGUGGGACACAAUCAUGAAGUGGAACGACAUUUAUUGGAUAUUUAAAAAUUGGGCGUGCAAAAUUAUUCAGCCCCCUUAAGUUAAUACUUUGUAGCGCCACCUUUUGCUGCGAUUACAGCUGUAAGUCGCUUGGGGUAUGUCUCUAUCAGUUUUGCACAUCGAGAGACUGAAAUUUUGUCCCAUUCCUCCUUGCAAAACAGCUCGAGCUCAGUGAGGUUGGAUGGAGAGCAUUUGUGAACAACAGUUUUCAGUUCUUUCCACAGAUUCUCGAUUGGAUUCAGGUCUGGACUUUGACUUGGCCAUUCUAACACCUGGAUAUGUUUACUUUUGAACCAUUCCAUUGUAGAUUUUGCUUCAUGUUUUGUAUCAUUGUCUUGUUGGAAGACAAAUCUCCGUCCCAGUCUCAGGUCUUUUGCAGACUCCAUCAGGUUUUCUUCCAGAAAGUCCUGUAUUUGGCUCCAUCCAUCUUCCCAUCAAUUUUAACCAUCUUCCCUGUCCCUGCUGAAGAAAAGCAGGCCCAAACCAUGAUGCUGCCACCACCAUGUUUGACAGUGGAGAUGGUGUGUUCGGGUUGAUGAGCUGUGUUGCUUUUACGCCAAACAUAACGUUUUGCAUUGUUGCCAAAAAAGUUCAAUUUUGGUUUCAUCUGACCAGAGCACCUUCUUCCACAUAUUUCGUGUGUCUCCCAGGUGGCUUGUGGCAAACUUUAAACGACACUUUUUAUGGAUAUCUUUAAGAAAUGGCUUUCUUCUUGCCACUCUUCCAUAAAGGCCAGAUUUGUGCAAUAUACGACUGAUUGUUGUCCUAUGGACAGAGUCUCCCACCUCAGCUGUAGAUCUCUGCAGUUCAUCCAGAGUGAUCAUGGGCCUCUUGGCUGCAUCUCUGAUCAGUCUUCUCCUUGUAUGAGCUGAAAGUUUAGAGGGACGGCCAGGUCUUGGUAGAUUUGCAGUGGUCUGAUACUCCUUCCAUUUCAAUAUUACCGCUUGCACAGUGCUCCUUGGGAUGUUUAAAGCUUGGGAAAUCUUUUUGUAUCCAAAUCCGGCUUUAAACUUCUUCACAACAGUAUCUCGGACCUGCCUGGUGUGUUCCUUGUUCUUCAUGAUGCUCUCUGCGCUUUUAACAGACCUCUGAGACUAUCACAGUGCAGGUGCAUUUCUACGGAGACUUGAUUACACACAGGUGGAUUGUAUUUAUCAUCAUUAGUCAUUUAGGUCAACAUUGGAUCAUUCAGAGAUCCUCACUGAACUUCUGGAGAGAGUUUGCUGCACUGAAAGUAAAGGGGCUGAAUAAUUUUGAACGCCCAAUUUUUCAGUUUUUGAUUUGUUAAAAAAGUUUGAAAUAUCCAAUAAAUGUCGUUCCACUUCAUG